AUGCAGCAAACAACACGGGGAGUUAGUGGGGUCGCGAGAGCAGUCACCACAACCCAUGAGGCAGAAUUUGCGGUGUCGAGUAGCAUUACAGUAAGAGAGGAGUACAAGGUGAAGCUCCGUGCACUGCUCUCAAGCAUUGCUCCAACUUCAUGGACGGAGACACUAGUUAGACAACCGAAUUGUACGGUUUUUACGAAAUCCAACCAGCAGAAAACAACGCGUACGGGAUAUCAGUCCCCAGACGUUGUGAAAGGCAAAGAAAUCCACAUCUUGGGUGAUUUACUCCUACUUACACGGGCGGCUUCGGUGGAUGUCGUGGAGAACAUAGAGAUUUGGCGAAAAAUUGUUCACGAUGGAAUUCCUCAGCCAUACAUUUACAAACGCGAAAACUAUCUGCUAAGCAUGUGUGAAGAUCUCGACUUUCUGGACCAGGUUGGAGAUUUAGUGGAGUGGCUUGGAUUCGGUCUUCUUCGCAAUCCAUUCAUCGUCGACAGGGCUCUCGACGAUAUCGUCAGUUCCCGACUUCAAAUUAAUGUUCAUGAAGAUCGCUCGCUGAAAUAUUGGAGCUCUGGUAGCUGGCGACAGAAUAAGAGGCUUGCCAAUAAGAAAGAUACUGCUCUAUCGUCAUUGAAGCCAGUGGAACCCCAGCUAACUUCAGUUUGUAAGACCCACUGGAAGAAGUACACACCUCCACAGCCUCUAGUAAAGCCUUUGGUUGGCAUUAGCCCUGAAGGUGAGGUAGUGAGUGGGUCGCGUACUGUUGCUGCUCAGCAAAUACUACUGGAUGAAGAGAGUUUGCACGGCAGGAUGCAGGCACUGAAGGCAGUUGAAGAGUACGUGGGCCGAGGACCAUCGGUGUUUGAACACAACAGUGUCGAUAAGAACGCAGAGUCUCCAGUAGUGUACGAGGUGAUUGCAGCGUUGAACUCCCUCCAGAAGGGCUGCCGCGAGAAGUACCGACAAAAGACACUCAGCUAUAUUGCUACGUUGGUAGAAAAAAUGGAGCAAUGCCUUGUAGUGCUAAAGGGAGAGGAGAAUCACUUUGACCAGGCAUUGGAAACGUGCAAAUAUCGGAUGAACGAGCUGAGGAUGGAGAAGGAGAAGCUACGAAUGACUAGGCAGAACAAGAAAAAGGAAGAAGAAGCGGUAAGACGUGAAGGAAUCUGUAAAAAGACGGAAGAACGUAGUGUGAUGCUGCGAUCGAAAAAAAGAAAGCCGCAGAUGCUGCACCAGGCCUGUCCCGAGUCUGAUCCAGAGGUGACACGUAACACCUUGUACGGUGACAUCACAGCGGACAUUGAAAGCGAUAUUCAUGUGAUCAUAAAGAAGGAAUCCAGGGUUCCUGAGUUAAACCGCGAGACUUUAAAUCUUCAGCUGGAAGAGAAACGUCAACGGAUGGUUUAUCUUAAACGAGCGCGUAUUGAGCAACAAGCUCGCAUUGCAAAGGAAAACAAGCACAUGGUAAAUUCCAGACGUGCUGAAAAUGUGGCUAUGAAAUAUGAAGACACUGUAUCUCGAUUAACGGAGCGUGAAGCAAAGAGAAAGGCACAACUGAGGGCUCAAAAAGAACUAAUGAAUCGAGUGGCAUCGUGCGCUAUGUUUAAGUGUGUGCACGAAAUGAACGGGAAACGAUUUUUGAUUUCUGUGCACACUCGGAACCCUCGUGGGUACGAUUUGGAGGGACUUCGUAUCAUUGCGUACGACCCAAUUUCGUCUGCUACAUUCACUCUGAUAAUGACACUUCGAGAAUUCAAUUCACUUGGAUAUGGCUGCACGAGCGAAGGAUUGGGGACAUUCUGUAAGUGGCUCUGUUUGCUGUACGAGAAACGACGUCGACAGUUCCGACUUGUCUGGUCUGGGGCCUCAUGUCCUCGUCCACUUCGGAUACGCGAAAACGACCAAACGCUCGUCUGUCUUCAUAAAGAAGGGAUGAAAAUGAGAAGCUCAGCGACAAACAGCUAUUUGCUCGUGGCUGUGUAUGUGAGAACGGAUGACCGGUCGAGUGUUCGCUUUGUAGUGGGAUUGUGGCGUAACCACGAUUAUUUACUUACGGAGCAUGAGGUUGCAGCUCGUUGCUUGGUUAUUGGUAGUGAACUGGAUGUCCAGUGGAGAUCUACUGAUCAUGCAGUAAUAGUAUGGAAACACCAUGAGGGUACAUUCAAGAAUGAGGAGAAAGAAAUUACGAUAACGUUUCCAACUACCGAUAUCGGACAGAGAAUUUAUUCGAGCGAAGUUAUUGUGAAUCGCAUAAGAUAUGCCGUUCACAUGUACGAUACAAGUGAUACCGAGUACACGGUGGAGCUUAUCCCAAAACCCAGGAAAGGUGACGCUGUACAACAAGUAAUUUCUUCGUCUGUAAACAAGCUGACACUCUACAAACGCACAGUCAACCCGUAUAACGUCCAUCUUUCAUCAUCGAAUUUUGCAGAUUUACUAUCGUUGAUACGCUUCGAACAGACUCCACUUCUAGAACCAACGAAGGAGUCUAGCCAGGCUUUUCAUUUUAAGUGGAAGGCGACUAUAUCUCCUAAAUGGGCAGAAAAGCUGGCGAACUACGUCCGUGUGCUACGUCUCGCUAAAUACGCGUGUAAAAUCAGCGGUGUUUUCUGCUUUAUCGCGGUCUUUAUCGUCCAGCAAAAGACGGAAUUCCGAGCACAUUUACUGUUCGAAAUCACGUGGCUCCGUCCAACUCUAUCGUCGCAAUUUUCACUAGGAGGUUUACCAACACGCCAGUCCCUCCGUAUCACACUAUCUGAUUAUCUUCGCUGUUCUAAUGCUUUGCGUCGAUUUGCUGCUGGUUUGGCAAACAGCGAAGAUGAGGAGUGUCCUUCGUGCUUAGCCUACACCAACGCACGUACGAAAUUAUUCGAGCACCCGGUGCCUGAGACAUCACCCGAGCACUUGUCAAGUUGUUCCAAUUGUGCCAUAAUUCAACAUCGCCGGCUACAUGCAGUCAAAGAACUUAUCAUUCAUGCAGGUGCUAUAGCGCCCGAGGCAUUGGAAGUGAUCUACCAUGGAUACUGUGAACGACGUGCAGCGCUUCUUCCACCAAUAAUUAUCGUUGUUGCAUCUACAAUGUCUUCAUCCAUGAUAAUGUGGUUGCUACCAUUGUUGGAGCAUUAUUUUGCGUCUUUCGACUGCAGCAAAAAUGGUUUCUUGCAUUUUGAAAACGAUGGUCAUACAGUUAGUGAAGAAGGUAUUCAUGCACGAGAAACCCUUUUGCAUGUACUAGCACGGGAUCAAGUCGCUGUCCUUUUCAACGCUAACUGUGGUGUGACGGUGGAAAACGCCAACGUGUUCGUGCAUGAGCUGCAUUGGUGGCUGUACCCGGACAACCACGAUCUUCCCUGUCACGUGGCAUAUAUUGUAGGUGACAAUAAUGAUGUCAGUCGAGAUUCCCGCGACAACGACCUCCUAGAAGCUUUACAGUCAUUAAACCACGCAGCUUGUCAGAUAGCCGAGCUCGAUCCUGUAUGUCUAGACGACGGCGAUAGCGAGAGUGACCGUGCGUCUGCUUUUGAUGCUUAUCUGGUAGCAGAGGCUGUGCUGGUUGAGGCUACGCGAGUGCUACUUCACCCUGAGUAUUCGUGGCAGAAACCCCGGGAAAUCAUCGGGGCUUCCAGCUGGAGCUCGGCGUGCAGCUUUUUACUGGAUCCAGCUCAACUAAGCGGCUAUUUAGUGCAAUGCAACCCACUGAAGCUUAGUGUAAAGACGGUAGAAGUUCUGGAGGCGUAUUUUGCUCACGCAAAAUGGCCGCGUGAUUACCUUGACGUUCGGCCAGUUUUCUUUGGGCUAUUGGCAUUCAUGAUGCACCUCCAGCAUGUACGACGAAUUCUAGCUUCGAGAAGCGGUUCACUGCACAAUUCGUUGCACCUCACUGCGCAAGACGGGAUUGUUGUUGAACGCGAGCAGCUCGCUAAAAACACCAGUGUCAUCGAUUGUUCCCAUGUGGCGGAGACACCUCCAUGCUGA